AUGGAUCAAUUUCCUGCCUACAUCUUGCCUGACGGUCGAACAAACAAUAUCGAGCUAUACAUGCUUGUAGAUACGACUUUUCCCCAAGGAAGAUCAGAUAUUACUGGGUACGAUGAGUUCAUGGGAUUUCCAUAUCCCGUAUCCCAAGGUGACGAGCCUAUGGACGUGACCACGUCUACUCGCCUCUUCCCAUCUAUGGCACUUCCGGAGAUGCAACCAAACGAACCUCAUCUCUCUCCGCGCGGACCUGAGAACAAUGGUUUGCACAAGCACCAACAGGGGCUCUUCCACGGUACCAACUACCUCCCGACUCCGCCUCUUACAAGCCCUCGAAUGGAAUCCAGUGUGUCAUUAGGCCUGGCAAGUAGCCAAUGGACUUCCUGUUCACAGAAGAAGAACCGAGAUAUACCAAUAGGCAGCCUAGAUGCAACAGAUGAUGUACUUGGCGAUCUAGUAGAUGUCCUGGCCCGGCCGGAUGCUUGGUAUGGGUUAUCCAGUAACAAGAGCGAUAGUACUGUGGCCUUGUCGCAUGACGCUCGGGACCGGAUAGUGGCCACUGUGCAGUUAUUGCUCCAACGUGCGCUGCAAAUUGGCAGCUCGCUAUCAUCGUCUACCGAAGGCCUUUUUGGCCGCAUUGUAUCGCUGCCUCCCUCGCCCGUGCUAAUGCACUUCAUUGAGAUUUAUGCGGCACGCAUUAACUCGAUUCAACCCUACCUUGGCUUUCCUGAGUCCACCGUCGAUAUCCAAAACAUCUUGAAGAUUGAGGCUGUCGACGUAGGCAUAUUGUUGAUCAUUAUCAUCAUUACGUAUGGCGCUAUGCUCACAGACCACCAUGAGUCCCACGUGUUCGCACAUGGCUUGAUUGAGGUGUGCAUGGUCGCACUGAAUCACGUUCUCGAAAGCCGAUGCAUUUCACAGCCGAUUGUGGGAGGGAUUGCAUUGCGGUUACUCACACUCUGCGUGCGAAGUGGGAAGGCUUCUUUUAUUUCGUAUGCCAUGUCAAAACGAGGCCAGUAUCUAAGUCUGUUGAAAAGCAGUGGGAUAUUAAAUCCCGGGCCAGGGUUCAACAACCAUGGCUUACAUGGCGAAAGCCUUUGGGAGAGAUGGAAAGAGGUUGAGACAAGCAAUCGUCAUGUAAAUGCAUGGUUCUAUAUGGACCUUGAGAUAAGCUUGCUUCACGAUGUUCCUCCCGUGCUUUCGAACUUCGAUUUACAAGUGCCUUUACCUCAUGAUGAAAAUCUCUGGAACGCACAAUCGUACAACGACUGGAUUGGACAGCCUGGUGCAAACGAUAUCCAAAUGGGUCGCGAGCUACCGUCAUUGUACUGUCUUUUCCGGAGCUUUCUUCAAGGUCGACUGACAGGUAGUGAUAAUGCACCUCCACACCAUCUGCGUCUCCUUCUCCACCCUCUACAAGCCAUGGUCUUGGGACAGCAACAGCUUCUUCGCAUCUUCUAUAACGACAGAUCGACCAACAGGCAUCGUGUCCUUUCCAAGAUCAAGGUAUUAGGCCGCCUACAAGAGACACAGGAUCUAGUUCAAGAUUUAGCUACACUUCUCAAUCGAGAUUCGCAGGCGACAACAAACAGCGAGAAUGACCCCUGGGAUGUACCAGUGGAUUGGGCGGGCAUAAUCAUGCUACAUCUAGUCAGCUUAAAUGUAUGCACAAGCAUCCCUGACAUAGAGAAAUGUGCUAAGGAGGAACCUCCAUCAUCAGCAUCAGCAUGCGCUGAGAUGUGGACCCGAGUACGUUAUUCUGAAGGAGGGAACUACAUCUUGUUCCAUGCUGGCCAGAUCUUCCGGCUCAUCGACAAUCUGCCGGUUGACGCGCGACCCAUAUGGUGGCCCGUAGCGAUCUACCGCGCAUCCAUGGCUUGCUGGUCACUUAGGACGAUAGAGCAAAUGAAAUCAGGGAUCCAGCCCCGGGAAGUGGGCAUUGACGCACUUUUCCCCAGCGAUGAGGAACGCUUUCUCAAUACCCCUGCGGUGAACCCGGUCGUUACAUUUCCAGGCAACAGAAGAUUGCCAAUCCUUGAGGGCGGUAACAGCUUGCUUUAUUGCAUCACCAAGCUGGAGAGUCACCCCGCACAUCUUGUCAGCAGUGUGUUUGAGAAGGCUCGUUACUUCUUCCAUAGAUGGAGCUAA